AUGAUGUCGCAGAAACGAAAGCACGCCGAGUUUGCGGAUAUCGAACCCUCCAAAUCCAAGCCAUUCAAAAAACACCAACCCUUCAAGCCCAGCAACGGCCAGCCAAAGCCCAGGCGCCCUCAGGUCUCCAAUGACAUCUCAAAGACCACCAGCAACAAUGCGCUGAAAAGCCGGAUCCGAGACUUGAAGCGCCUUCUCGUGCAUGUGGAGAGUGUCGAAGGCCACAAGAUGUCUGCUGGCAUGCGUAUAGAGCGAGAGAGAGAAUUAGAGGCGUGUGAGCAUGAGUUGAAGGAGAACGUUGAGAGCAGCAGGGAGGCAGAUUACAGGCAGAAGAUGAUUGGGAAGUACCAUCAGGUGCGAUUCUUCGACCGACAAAGAGCAACGCGCAUACUCAAGAGGCUGAAGAAGGAAAUGUCCGCAUCAGAAGACGAACCACAGAAGACGAAGCUAAACCAGCGGAUACACAAUGCAGAGGUGGAUGUGAACUAUGCGAUAUACUACCCGCUGAUGAAGCCGUAUUCCUCGCUAUACCCCAAGUCGAAGACCGGCAAAUCUGCAGAAGCCGAAGAGGAAGACGAUGACAAGGGCAAUCGAGAGGUUGAUGGACCUAAAGGCAACGUCGAGAUGUGGAGGGCUGUAGAGAAGGCCAUGACGGAAGGCACUCUGGAUACGCUACGUUAUAGCAAAGAAGCCAUGCCAGCUGCACCAGCAAAGAAGGACAAUAAGAAGAAAGCAUUUACGAAGAGCAUCACAAAGCACGAGGAUGUUGAAGAGGGUAAAAAUCGUCGAGAAAGAAGGAAGGCUGGCGCGGCUAAGGCCCAGAAGGCACAAGAAGAGGCCGAGGAGAGCGACGGCGGUUUCUUCGAGUAG